AGUGAUUGCACUAUGCCACACACACUUGAAGCUCAGUCUCCCUUGGAGACAGUGGCAGCGCUGGAUCACGGCAUGACAGGGAAACAGUAGAGUCUCCACUUCACUUUCACUGAGCUAUCUCCACUGAGCUGUGUCACUACCCAGUCAGUCAGUCAGACAGAGAGAGAGACAGCGAGAGAGACAGAGCACCCGUAACAGUAAACAUUGAGAACGCUAAGCUGAAGAGUAACAGAGUCAGGACUGGAGUGCUGGGAAGAAGACAGAAGAGUUUGACAGAGAGCUGGGGAAGUGGGGCAAUCAAGAGGGUGAAGAAGAAGCGGUGGAGUCUGGAAUCUGAGGAUGCGCGGAGCUAGCAGGAGGAGCUGCUGAGUGUGCAGCAGCAGCCAGGGCGCACGCACGCACACACACACAAACACACACACACACACACACACUUCUCAGGGAAGGACAGUGUGUUGUGCCCCCAGUGGAGGAUGAAGAAGCACUCAGCCCGGGUGGCUCCUCUCAGCUCGUACAGCACUCAGGUCCUGACCUGCCCCAUCUCUGAAGGAGGGGAUGGUUCAGAGUCUCAGGCAGACACACCAGGCAGUGAGACCAGCGAAGAGAGCCGCUCCUAUCAGGCAUGUACCAACACAGCUCUGAAGGUGCUGGGUGGUCUGCUGCUGGUGCUGGGUGUCUCCUCUUCCUGGGUGGGUACCACUCAGGUGGUUAAACUGACCUUCCAGUCCUUCUCCUGUCCCUUCUUCAUCUCCUGGUUCAGCAGCAACUGGAACAUCCUCUUCUUCCCAAUCUACUACUCGGGACUCGUUGUUACCACACGGGAGAAGCAGACUCCCAUACAGAAAUUCAGGGAGUGCAGCAAGCUCUUUGGGGAGGAUGGGAUGACUCUCAAGCUUUUCGUAAAGAGAACAGCACCCUUCUCAAUCCUCUGGACACUGACCAACUACCUGUACCUCAUGGCUUUGAAGAAACUCACCGCCACGGAUGUCUCUGCCCUCUACUGCUGCCACAAAGCUUUUGUUUUUCUCUUGUCCUGGAUUGUUCUCAAGGACCGUUUUAUGGGUGUUCGGAUAGUGGCCGCCAUCAUGGCCAUCACAGGAAUUGUCAUGAUGGCUUAUGCGGACGGUUUCCAUGGCGAUUCCUUUGUGGGCGUGGCAUUGGCGGUGGGCUCAGCCUCCACAUCAGCUCUCUACAAGGUGCUGUUCAAGAUGUUCCUGGGCAGUGCCAGCCUUGGCGAAGUGGCCCACUUCCUUUCAACCAUGGGCUUCUUCAACCUCAUCUUCAUCUCCUGUGUGCCCCUCAUCCUCUACUUCACCAAGGUAGAGCACUGGGGCUCACUGUCCUCACUGCCAUGGGGGUACCUGUGUGGAAUGGCAGGAUUGUGGCUGGUGUUCAACAUCUUGGUCCAUGUUGGUGUUGUGCUGACGUACCCCAUUCUCAUCUCCAUAGGGACACUGCUCAGUGUGCCAGGCAAUGCAGCUGUAGAUGUUUUGAAACAUGAGGUGAUCUUCAGUGUGGUGCGCCUGUCAGCCACUUGCAUCAUCUGCCUGGGCUUCUUGCUCCUGCUGCUGCCAGAGGAGUGGGACUCAGUCACGCUGCGUUUCCUGGCCAACAUUGCAGACAAGAAGUCGGAGGAACAUGGCGAGGAACUCACAGAAUCCAGCGUCCAAACUCGAAGUCGCAGUCGAGCAAAUGGCACUGUCUCCAUUCCCUUGGCAUGACAUGGCUGAGCUCUGCUAGAAGCUUCUGCUAACCAGUCUUAAAGCCCUCUGCUCAUGUUCCUCCCUGACUUUGUGGCGGGAGGUUCGGUCCACAUGGACUCUCGCCUGUCAGGAAGACAGGAAGUAUUGUCUUGAACUUCCAUCUGGAGAAGGAUUGUUGCAUCUUUGUCUCCAUCACUGCAGGAGGGAAUGAAGAACAUUCAUGAUUUUUGCUAAUUGAAAGGGUGGAAAGUGUAAUUUACUUUCUUGAAAUACUUGCCACGCUCACUUUUGUUCCUCGCACGCACCCAAACCAAGCGCUGACUGGCGUCACCUGACCUGCUCUGCGGACUGUAUUCUGUGAAUAUAAAUAUUGGCAGGGCCAAUUUGGCUCAAUCUUAUGUGUAUUUACAUUAUUUGUUUAGAGCUGUAUCAAUAAGAGUAUUAUUUUAAGUCUUAUUGAAUAGUAUUAUAUACAAGAAUGGCAAUUAUACUUUGUGUAAUGUACAGGCUCUUUUGGUUUUAUAAUUAAAGACUUAAAACUCAUAAUUAUAACAGUAUAUUGCUUGUUUAACUAAGGACCACAUGAAUGUGGCUAAUUCCUGAGUUUCUAAGAAUAUAUUAAAACAGCUUUCAUUUUCUCAGUAAAGUGCUGUCUAAGUCAGCACUGACAAGGAUGCAUACAACGCUUGCAAAGCUUCAAAAACACCCCUAAAUAAAUUCCCAUUAGAAAUUUG